AUGUUGCGCUUACUGUGCAGUAGUAAUCCGGUGGCUGCAUCACCAGGGAAGCAUUCCGGGCCCCAGCUUUAUGCCAAACCACCCAACAUCUACUGCCGCCUACCGAAUGGCAGCGUCUUUGCGGAGGGCCGCAAACAACGCUGCCUCGACCAACUGCUGCUGCGCAUUCGAGCUAUUGCCGAUCCCAACAUCUACACU